AUGGUACUUGAAAACUCCUCCAUUCACAAAUCUCAUCAUCAUCAUCAUCAACAUCAACCUCAUCAUCAUCACCGGAACUCGAUGAAGGAGUCCCCCCGAGUUACCUAUGCAGCUGAAGAACAGAGUCAGGUCUUCCAGUAUCCGGAUAUGAGGAGGACUAAGAGCGAGAAUGUGGGUGCAAGAGAGGUUGCGAAAGAAGAUGAUGUUGACAAGGAAGCAGAAGAAUUCAUCAACUUUGAGCAUCGGAAGUUCUGUAAGUGGAUGACUAAGAGCGUCUAG